AUGUCGAGGGAGCUGGAGUCCAGUGGCCAUGAAGGGAACCCCCUGGCACAUCAUUACUAUAUCCUGGGUACCCUAGAUCAAGGGUCAUUUGCACAAAUCAAAGUGGCUGUCCACCUUAUGACCCAGACCAUGGUAGCCAUCAAGAUAUUGAAAAGGGGCACAAGUAUAGACUUUCUAGUAAAGUCCGAGAUUGAUAUUAUGAAAUGUUUACAUCACAGUAACAUAAUACAGCUUUUCCAGGUUAUAGAAGCAAGGUAUAAAACCUAUCUGGUGAUGGAAUACGCAUCCCGGGGAUCUCUGAGGAAACACAUCAGCAAGUGUGGGCGUCUGGAUGAGGAAGAGGCACGCAGCAUAUUUAGGGAACUGUCUUUGGCCGUCCACUAUAUCCACAGUCAGAAUAUUGCCCACCGAGACAUCAAGGCUGAGAACAUCCUAUUGGAUAGGGAGGGGCAUGUGAAACUCAUUGACUUUGGCUUAAGCAAAAGACUGGCUGCUGGGGAAAAGUGUAAAGGCUUUUGUGGCACAGUACAGUAUUGUGCUCCUGAAGUCUUGGAUCAAAAGGAGUAUAAUGUCCUUGCAACCGACAUAUGGAGCAUGGGAAUCGUAUUAUAUUAUUUAGUUGUGGGCCACCUUCCCUUCACAGAGACAGUGCUCUCUGAGUUAAAGUAUGAAAUCCUAUACAGGAGCUGCUGGAUUCCAUAUCGUUUGUCCCCAGAAAUUCAAGACCUAUUGAAAAGAUUAAUGGCAAAAGACCCCACAAUGAGGCCAUCCAUAAAUGAAAUAUUGACACACCCAUGGCUGUGCCAUGGUCAAGACAAACUGAGAUCCUCAGAGGAAAUUCCUAGAGACCCAGACCCAAACAUUGUUUUUGCUAUGUUUCAGAUGGGGUAUAACAUUAAAGAACUGAGAGAUGCUCUGAGGGAACAGAAGUACAGUCCAGCCAUGGCUACGUACUUGAUUAUAAAAAGGAAAUCUAUCUGGCAGCCCCAGUUUUAUUACGACGGAGGCCAGGGUAGUUCACAGGACCCUACAAAAGUUCCCAACAUCCUUUCUCCAUCAAGGAGAGUAACCAGUGCCCCUAGCCUUUCCACCAUCACUUCAUACACACUCUCUGAGCUGCCUGGAGAUGGGAGGAAAGGCUGUAAGAGGAGGCAUAGUGUGCCUCCCAGCCUUUCUUGCCAUGACUGUAGCCUCAUAGACAACACCUCCCCACUGCAGUGGCUUAUGCCUCACGUUGGAAAGGGGACAUUCAGUGAGAAGGAGGGCAGUAGCAAUUCCAUAACUUCAUCAAUAAAAAGAAAGUUAACAAUAGCAACGACGAUGACAACAACAACAAUAAAAAUAACAACCACAUCGUCAGGUACUACAUACUCGCUGUUCAGAUCCUCACAGUCCUCAGCCUUUGAUAACAGGCAAGAUGUGGUCAGUGAGAGCUCAGAGUCUACAGACACAAGUAGCAGCACAUCGUCUUGGGGGUCCACAAUCAGGAGCCCCUUCCCCAGUGCGAAAUUCCAGGAAGAGAACAUGGGCACUGAAUCCUUCCAAGACAGUAGCUCAUCCUCCUGUGAAACACUCCAUCAGGAGCAGCUCCGAAGGAGGUCCCAGCUUGUGCCCAGAAUGCCACUGAGAAUGCGGGUCUGGAAGGGCCUGAAGAGGAGGGUUUCCAAAGCCUUUAGGAGCUUGUGUUGCUGCCUCCCAGUGGCAAAUAACAAAGUCAUGGCAGACAAUGAAGAGUGCUUCAGAGACACAGGCUGA